GUUCUUACCUUAAAAUUGAAACAUUAACGUGAAAAAGAAAGCAACGCUGCUGCCCAGGACAAGAAACGGGACUCGAGCGCGCCUCAACCCUGAAAGCCCGGGAGCGAACCCCAGGUCCCGCCCCGCACCGGCCCAGCCCCAGCCUGACCUCGCCCCGCCAACGCCUCGUCUCUAUGGUUACCGCCAGCCCCGCCCCCCCAGGCCUCGCUCCCCCUCCCGCCGUCCCCUCGCGGGCUGGCUUUUGCUGCGCGCCCCGCCCAGGCCCCGCCUCUUCCCUCUGCGCGCGCGCAGUUGUCUGCGGACCCGGAAGCGGGUUUCGUGGAGCCGAGGCCAGUCUGUGGCGUGAUUGAAUUCUCAAGACUGAUCUUGUCUGAGGAAGAAGCAGCUUAGAGGAGGAGGAAGAGGAAAGGAGGGAGUCAGGAAUGGCUGUUUGUCAGGGAUGGUUGACCUUCAGGGAUGUGGCCAUAGAAUUCUCUCAGGAGGAGUGGGAGUGCCUGAACCCUGCUCAGAGGGCCUUGUACAGGGACGUGAUGGUGGAGAACUACAGGAACCUGGUCUCUCUGGCUAUCUCUUCCAAAUAUAUGAUCAAGGAAUUACCACCCAAAGAAACCAGUAAUACAGGGGAAGUAUUGCAGACAGUUAUAUUGGAAAGACAUAAAAGCCGUGACACCGACGAUUAUGCUUUUAGAGCAAUCCGGAAAAAUAUUCCUGACUUUGAGUGUCAGUGGGGAGACGGUGAAAGAAAUUACAAAGCAGUGCUUGUGACCCUUAACAAAAAUCUCAAUGGUGGAAGAGAUCGAUAUGGUGGAAGAGAUGCAGGAAAUAAGCCAAUUGAAAACAGGUUUGGACUAAGCUUUCAAUCACAUCUGGCUGGAGUGCAGAUACUUCAUACUGAAGGGAAAAUUUAUGAAUGUCACCCAGCUGAGAAGUCUGUCAGCGUUGGGUCUUCAGUUUCACCACAUCCCAGAAUUCUUCCUAGUGUCCACACCAGCAUUUCUAGGGAACGUGGGAAUGAUUUCUUGCGUUCUUCGUUACUCACACAAGACCGGAAAGCACACCUUAGGGAAGAACCUUACAAACGUGAUGAGUGUGACAAAGCAGUUAAUCCCAGUUUACACCUCACUAGACAUCAGAUAAUCCACCCAGGAGAGAAACCAUAUAAAUGUGAUGUAUGUGGGAAGGUCUUCAAUCACAACUCACACCUUGCAUGUCAUCGAAGAAUUCACACCGGAGAGAAACCUUACAAGUGCGUCGAGUGUGGCAAGGUCUUCGGUCGCAAUUCACACCUUGUGCGUCAUCACAGGAUUCACACUGGGGAGAAACCUUACCACUGCAAUGAGUGUGGUAAAGCCUUUAGUGAGUGUUCAAGUCUCACUAACCAUCAGGUAAUCCAUACUGGGGAGAAACCUUACAAGUGCAACGAAUGUUGCAAGGUCUUCAGUCAGAGUUCAGGCCUUGCAAGCCAUCGAAGAAUCCAUACUGGAGAGAAACCUUACAAAUGUACUGAGUGUGGCAAAGCCUUUACGUAUAGUUCACAACUCACUAACCACCAGGUAAUCCACACUGGUGUGAAGCCUUACAAAUGUACUGAGUGUGGCAAAGCCUUUAAUCAGAGCUCCCAUCUCACUAGACAUCAAAUAAUCCACACAGGGGAGAAACAUUACAAGUGUGACGAAUGUGGGAAGGUCUUCAGUUACGAUUCACACCUUGCCCGUCAUCGCAGGAUUCAUUCUGGAGAGAAGCCUUACCAGUGUAAUGAAUGUGGCAGAGCCUUUAGUAUGUACUCAAGCCUUACUUAUCAUCAGGUCAUCCAUACGAGGGAGAAGCCUUACAAAUGUAAUGAAUGCGGCAAGGUCUUCAGUCAGAGUUCGAGCCUUCCCAGUCAUCGGAGAAUUCAUACUGGGGAGAAACCAUACAAAUGUAAUCAGUGUGGCAGAUCUUUUAUUCAACGCUCAAACCUCACUAGACAUCAGAUGAUUCAUACAGGAGAGAAACCAUAUAAAUGUAAUGUAUGUGGGAAGGUCUUCAGUCAAAAUUCGAGCCUUGCAAGUCAUCAGAGAAUUCAUACUGGGGAGUAACAGACGUAAUGAGUGUGACAAAGCCUUUAUUGUAAGUUCAAGCAUGAAUUGGCAUUAGAGAGGCCACCCUAAAGAGAAAUCAUAUAAAUGUAACGCAUGCGGCAGAGGACUUACACAGGCUUCACAACUCACUAGACAUCAGGAUAUACAUCUCUGAUGACACCACAUUAAUGUAAUGUGCAUGCUAAGGCUUUUGCCCAUGGAUCAAAACUGCAGAACAUCACAGCACUCAUACUGGAGAGCAGCCUUGCAAGUUUAAUGAAUCUGAAGGCUUUCUGGCAAACAUUCAUGCCUUUGAUGUCAUGAGAGUAUACUAGAGAGAAACCUACAGAUUUACUGAACAUCUAAAGGCCUUUAAAGCAACACUGUGUCCUCGGGGUUCACCAGUUCAUCGUAGAACAAAAUAAUCCGAAGUAGGAAGAAGUCUUCCAAAUGUAAUGAAUAUUUUUAUAUUUCUUCCAUGACUUUUACAACAGAAUCCACAGCAGAGAAUUCUUACGAGGACUAAAAUAACUAACUCUCAAGUUCUCUAAAUUUAACCUGAGAUAGUACAUACCACAGAAUAAUUUAAAGCCAAAAUGUGUUACAACUCUAGAUAGAAAAAAAAGAUACAUAGAGAUACAGCAAAGGUAUAUAGAUCCUAAAGAUAUAAUUCUGUUGUUUCUUUUCUAAAUCUUUUCUAGGUUAAAGUAUUAUUGUUUUACAUUUCACAUUUAAAACUAUGAUCAUUUUUGAGCUACUAUUUGUACAGGUGUGAAGUUUUUGCAGACAUUUUUUUUUUUUUUAAGAUUUUAUUUAUGUAUUUGAGACAGAGAGAAUGAAAGAGACAGAGAGCACAUGAGAGCGGGGAGGGUCAGAGGGAGAAGCAGGCUCCCUGCCGAGCAGGGAGCCCGAUGCGGGACUCGAUCCAGGGACUCCAGGAUCAUGUCCUGAGCCAAAGGCAGUUGCUUAACCAACUGAGCCACCCAGGCGCCCUUUGCAGACAUUUUUUUUCUGUUAUGGGAAAUCAAGUGGUCCACCAUCAUUUUUUUUUUUUUUAAUUCUCUCUUCAUUCGGUUUCCUUGGUACCUUUGUCAAACCUCAGUUGGAAGUACUUGUGUGGGGCCAUUUCUGGCCUUUUCCAUUGAUCUAUAUGUCUCUUACUCCACAAAUACAAUGUAGUCUUGACUACCAUAUUAGAAAUGUAGAAUGAGUGAUUCCAACCACUUUAUUCUUCCUUUUAGGGUGGUUUUAUUUUUUUAAAUUUUUUUUUUAAAGAUUUUAUUUAUUUAUUUGAGAGAGAGAAUGAGAUAGAGAGAGCAUGAGGGGGGGAGGGUCAGAGGGAGAAGCAGACUCCCCGCCAAGCAGGGAGCCUGAUGCGGGACUGGAUCCCGGGACUCUAGGAUCAUGACCUGAGCCGAAGGCAGUCGCUUAACCAACUGAGCCACCCAGGCGCUCUCAGGUGUUUUAGCUCUUCUAGUUCCUUUGCCUUUCCUUAUAACUUUUAGAAGAAUCUUGUUUGUGUCUGCAAGAUACCUUGAUAGAAGUUGUGUUAAGCCUGUGUAUCAAUUUGCGGUCAUUUGACAUCAUUUCUAUGUUGUAUCUUCCAAUAAAUGGCUGUGGUAUGUCUCUA